AUGGCUAGAAAUUCAAAUAGAGAGAUAUUAACUGGUGGGAAACGAUACAUUACAAACAAAGCCAAAAAGCAUUUAGUAGAUGAAGUUGUAUUUGAUAAAGAUUCACGUAAGGAAUAUUUAACUGGAUUUCAUAAAAGAAAACUUCAAAGACAGAAAAAUGCACAAGAAUUUCAUAAAGAACAAGAAAGAUUAGCGAAGAUUGCUGAAAGGAAACAAUUGAGAGAUGAAAGGAAACAAGAUUUAGAAAAUCAAUUACAACAAUUCAAGAAUAAUAUUGAAGAGAUUAAUGCUAUAAAUAACAGUGAGGAAGGAAAUGAAGAAGAAGAUGAUGAUGAAUGGACUGGUUUUGAUGAAGGAAAUGAGGAGGAGAAGGGGGUAGAGAAUGAGGAAGAUUCAGAACCGAAAUUGAAAGGUAUUCUUCAUCAUACUGAGAUCUAUCAUAAGGAUAAUGAUAUAAUAAAUGGAAACGGUGAUGCGAUAAUAAAUGAUGAGACAAGAGUUACUAUAGAAUCUUUAGAUAAUCCAAAUCAACCUAAACUUAUAACGACAGAAGAUAUAGCAAAAGCCAAUAAUGUCAAUUUAAAUAAAUCUGAACAAAUAUUGGAAAAAUCAAUUGAAAAAGCUAAAAAUUAUGCUGUUUUAUGUGGUGUUUCAAAACCAGAACCUAAAAAGAAGAAGAAAUUUAGAUACUUAUCCAAAACAGAAAGAAGAGAGAAUACAAGAAAAGAGAAAAGUAAAGCUAAACAAAGAGGUAAAAGGUAA